GGUUUCCAAUACUAAAGACGCCAUUUUGUGUUUUCGAUGUGAUGUUUGAUAAAAAAGAAGACAAUUUCGCAUUGGAUUUCGCUUCGUAUUAGUUUUUUAUUCGCACCAGUUAAUUGUAAAUAAAUUUUUUCAAGUGAUAUUAUUCAAUUGUCACAAGUGCACCCAUUCGAACGGACCUAAACUAAAGGUACGUUCUACGGGCGAGUGUAUAAUCUAAAUGGUGCCUUGCAGACAGUAUGUCUACAUUGUCAGGGGUCAGUUUGAAGGGGGAGAAAAGCAAAGGAAAGAUCGCAUUUCAAUCAUUCAAAAUAAAUAAUCUGUAUAAGGGAGAAUCAGCUGAAGGUAAUCAUCAUAAAAACAUAGCCACACGUAAAAAUGGAUUACAACCUAUCGGAAAGGUUAUCCGCAAUAUUCGUAACCCUGUUAAUUUGCCAAGUGAAAAAUCCGAAUCUAGCCAUGAGUCUUCAAUUAAUUUAGUCCCUAUUGGUGGUCCAGGAUGGGGAAACAAACAAACUGCAGAGAAAUCACUUGUGGUUGCGGGCAAAGAGGUACCGCCAACAUCAACUGCCACGACAACAUCUCAACAGUCCCAAAGUGGGCCUGUACUGGGACAACAACAUGUUUCGUCCCAUCUUACUUCCGUACAAGUGACUACUACCACAGCGAGGCCUUCUCAUGCCGACAACAAAACAUGGGCAAAAAAAAUUGUGGAUGUUCCAGUUGCUCCCACAUAUCUAGCGCAUCGUACAAUGCUAUUCCAACAAGAAUUUCCAAGUCUUACUUCAAGUGGAGAACACAAAAAUAUAAUCGUUACGAAUACACCUACACAGGCCAACACAGAACAGAGACCUUCUCUUCGUCCACAAACCGAAACAAGUUGGAUGCAAGGUGGCAGUCGUCCCCAAAUGCCUCAAGGUGGUGGCAGUGUUACUGGAACUCCAGGUCAAACCCUUCAUUCUCAAAUAUCUUCCGGGACAGAAAAUGUGAAUGGCGUACGGAGCAAUUUGGUCCAAAAUGGGGUGGCAGGGGCCCCGGCCGGCCUGAAUCCUUAUCACAUGCAGUAUAACAUGACUAAAAAUCCAAUUAUGAGAAACAUGUUGCCUACAUUUAUGGUUUCAAAUCAAUCUGAUAAUGUUGUAACACAUCAUCCCAAACAACAUAUUUAUCAAUCAGAAAAAAGUUUGCAUCAUACAUCAGCAUCAUCGUCUAAUGAUGGUGCCCUUAAUAAACCUUCAGCAGAUAUCAAAGAACUAAUACCUCCUCCAAUUAUAAGUGAAGAAGAUUUAAAAAGAAUGAAUGAACUUUCAAAAGAAGCUGGAUGGUCUAUACAAGGGGAAAUUGAUUAUAAUAAAAAAUUAGACUUUAGUGAUGAUGAAGACCAAAUAAACGAAAAAUUAAAAAAACAAUCAUUAAAUGGAGAUAUUAGAAGUAAAUCUGAUGCAAAAGGUUAUUCAAAUAAAGCUGUUAAUAGUGAUCCAAGCUUAGCUCAAAAUGUAAAGGAAGGUAUAUUUAUGCCUAUUAACAUCAACGGUAUUCCUUAUAAUACAGAUUACAUGCAAUACUAUAGACUACCAUUACAUGAAGAAGAUCGACAGAUUGAUGAUGAUUAUGAUGAUGAAUCUUUGGGUAGAGCCCGUGUAAAUGAAGAGUUAACUACUGCUCUACAACGUGCUAAAGAUCGAAAAUUAGAAGAAAUGAAACGUUUUGAAAUGCAACAACAAUUAGAAGCAACAAAAUUUAAAAAAUUAGAUGGAGAAAAUAGUGAUCAUAAAAAUAAAGAUUUCGUAGAUGAUUCUCUCAAAUCUCGUUCUGAACUAUCAAAAGAUAUGAACGAUGAAUCUAAUGACAAUAAAGAAAUGAACAAAUAUGCUUCUUCAAGACUGCAGAAACAGUUUGAACCAAAUAGUGAUAUAACUAAUAAAGUUCAAAAUAUUUCUUCAAUAUUUAAAUAUUAUUUUACAGAAGGUAUUAAAACACUUAGUCGUACUGACAGUGAUAUGAGUAGUAGUGGAUAUUCAGAGUAUAGAAGUGAUUCAUGGAUUGAAGAUGAUCAUAUAAAUAAAACGUCAAGUCAAAAACGUGAUAAGCGUUCAGAUUUUGAUAGAUAUAGAAGAGAAAAAGCUCGUUCAGAUCCAAAAGAUAAAAAUGAUAAAUAUGCUCACAUUGAUUAUUCUUCUAGGACUGAUGAUAAUAGAAAAAUGUUUGACCACAAACGUGACUUCAAAAGAAAUGAAUCUGGAAGUAAUAUAAAGAAAUCCAGUGAUGAUAGUUAUGAUACUGAUAAAAAAGUGUCAAAGUAUCAUUCUCGAGAUUCGUUAGAAACUCCAGAGGAAAUUGAAAAAGACAAUUUGCAAGUUGAUGAUGAAUCGUACUCUUGGGGACAGAAAUCUCUUAACACAGAUUACUAUAAGGAUGAUAUAAACUUAAUAGGUCAAUAUAGUAAAAAAUAUAUACCAGGUCCUAUUACUCAAGAAAAACUUGAAGCUUGUGAAUUAACUAACGAACCUAAACGCAAUUUAAACCAGUUGGUUAAAAGUGAAAGAAAGGAUUCAAAGAAAAAUGAUCAAGGUGAUGAUUUAUCUACUAAAGCUAAAUCUGGUGUUUGGGAUUUGGCUCCAACAAACAAAAAUAAAAUGUUACAAGAUCAUAAUCAAUCAAAGCUUGAUCAGGAAGUAAAAAGUGGUAAAAGUGGUCAAAAAAAUGAAGAAGACAUUAAAUCAUCAGUAAACAUAUUUUUAGACCUAAAAUCUUCAUUAGAAAAUUCUGGUACUUCUACAUUAUCUCAUCAUAAAGGAAUGAGAUCUGACCGCAAUGUUGGAUUACGUUCAUAUCAUCAGAGUAUCAAUUCUCGAACAGUUUCCAGGUCUGGAUCAAAUAGAAAAAAUGCAUGGCCAGAUUCUUAUGAAGAAAGUCAAAGAACAAGAGGUCCAUCUCGACGUGAUGACAGAAAUCGAGGUGAAGAUAGAAAUCGUGGUGAAGAUCGUAACAGAAAUGAUGAUAGAAAUCGUGGGGAUGACAGAAAUCGUGGAGAUGAUCGAAAUAGAAAUGAUGAUCGUAAUAGAGGCAGUAACCGACAAAAUGAUCGAUAUUCUGAAAAAUCGUUACGUGGUUAUGGUCAAAGAUCUGAACAAAGAGGAAGAGGACGUUUAAGUACUAUGGAAUCCCGCGUUAUAAAUGGACGCAGUGGUCAAAAAAAUAGCAUUGAUGAAAGUAUUGAUAAAAACAACAAAUCAAGUUCGAAUUCAGGAUCCAUUCGAAAUAAAAAUUCUUCAUCUAAAUCACAAUCUAAAAUGGAUACAUACGGAAUGUCAGGGGAUACAAACCGUAGAAGUGGUGAAACCCGAUUCAGUUCAAGGCCUAAUAAUCGAUCUAUUGGUAGUCAAAAACAAGAAGACAAUAAUUGGGAAUCUGUUAGCGAACCUAGUGAUUAUGAAGCUCAACAAAAAAGUAGUAAUCGUAGACUUAGCAGUCGUACAUAUUUGUCAUCUUCAAGGGGAGAAAAAAGACCAAAUUAUGAUAAAAAAGAUCAACCUAAAGAAUCUGGUAGUAAUGAAAAGUCCGGACAGAAGUUAGUCUCAACUACUUCAAUUAAUGAUUCUAAAAAUAACUAUGGAGGAAGUUCUUCUCAGGAUGGAAGAUCCAAUAAAAAAGAUGAACAGAGAAAAUUAAGUGAUUCGCAGCAAAAAAAUCAACGUUUAAGUAAUCAAAGUAAUCGCAAAGAUUUAUCUAAAUCAUCGUCCCGUUCUAAUCAAAAUAGUAAUAUGGUCAAGCCUGGUCAAACUAAUCAGAGGUAUGAAAGACAAAAAAGCCAACCUCAAAUUAGUCAAGAUGAUUCAAAUGCAACCAUUAUUAAAGAUGCUGUAGUUAUGGUUAGCAACAAUCCCCCGCCUCCUCCGCAAACUAAUGCUUGGGACAAACCAAUAACUCAUGCACUCCGAGCGCAAUCGCCUAAUGUAAAUAAGGCGGUUGCUCCUCAAUCCAAUAACCGAGCCAACAGUUUAACUGAAAUUAAAGAAAUUCCUGGACAAACAACUCAAAGAUUAAAUUCAAAUAAAGAAAAAGGAUCCCCUAAUGUCAUGGAAAAUGGUAUUCUUGAUUCUUCUCAACGAAUGAAAACAAUUAUAUUUGAAAAUACCACUUACAAAUCUAAACCUUGUGGAGAAUCUAAAAAUAAAUAUAACUCAAAUAUUAAACAGCGCAAUGAUAAAGAAACUUGUAACUUUAAUGAAGAGAGUCAAGAAACUUGCUUUAGAGCAUUCAAAUCUUCAAAUAAUGAUAAUAAAGAUGCUAAAUUGAACGAAGCCGUUCAAAUGUCAAUGAGCUUUAAGAAUGAUGAAAAUUCUGAUUUGAAUCUUGGAUUUGGUGACUUUGAGUCUGAUUUUACUCAUAAUGGUGGUCAUUUAUCUGCGGAAAACAAAGACGUUAUGGCCAUGACAUCACAUUCUAGAUCAAUGCAUACUGGACCAUCAUCAUUAGCAGCAAGUGAUUUAAAAACCAUGAUUGCUGGCACUAAAAAGGUAUGGGAUGAUAAACCUGAGUCUAAUCAACAAGUCCAACAAAAUAUUGCUGAAAAUGCUUUUAAUACAGUUUAUAGCACUGCAAGUAGUGGACAACAUGAUAAAUCUGAAAUUUCUGUUAUUGAUGAACAAAGAGUUCAUAACCAGCAAGUGUACAGGUAUGUACUUUGUCCUGCCCCUCAAUUACAAAAUGUUGCUGGUUCAUACAUUCCAGUAUCAAUGGCUGCUGCUGGUCAACUAAAACAAGAUCCAAAUUCUGCUACCACAAACGUAUGCAAGGUUAAACCUCAACCGCAGGGUACACUGUCGCCUCCAUUGAGUCAACAACAACAACAACAACAACAACCUCAACAACCACAACAACAGUCUACAAGUACUCAUGUAUUCAGUUCUACAACACCUCAACCACAUACUUCUACUACACCACUUGCAAAUACUAUUCCAACACAAGCAACACAUAUGAACUUACAAAUAAUGAUGGAUAAUAGUGAUGCGUUACCCGAUAUGUAUGGUGCUCAUAUUUUAAAACAGCAACAAACACAUUUAAUAUUAAAUACAAAUAAUAAAACUGGUGUAGAGAUGUUAGCUAAACAAUAUGUAUCUGCUGCUCCUGGACCUUCUCCAUCUUCAGCUAUUUUGUUUAAUUCAGCUCAACAGCAUUUAAUACCUCCUCCAUCACCAUCAGCACCACAAGUGUAUCAAACGAUGUUAGAACCUUCACAAACCGUUAUAAGCAAUACUACACGGUCUCAAUAUAAUCAAUUUCCUUAUGGUCUUCAAUCUAAUGGUUUAAAUCAAAAUUCACCUCAAUAUAAUCCAUCAAUGUUUAUUCAUGCCUCUACACCAGGUGGUCAAGGUGGUUCAGAAGUAUUUCAAUCUUCUAUAUCUCCAUUUCGAAUGGGACCACCAUAUAACAAUGGUCAGCAAAUAAAUUCAAAUUUAAAUCCUGUAUUAUUACCAAGCAGUACUAAUUCUUCUUCCUCACAAGUCAAACAGUCUUCACAGCAAAUUGGAACAAUUGGCAAUAAGACUGCAUAUAAUGCAACAACACCUCAACCUUCACCUUAUAUGGUACAGUAUGAUCCAACAACUAUGUUCAAUCAGCCAUAUAAUUCUUUGAAUAAUGCACGGCCAACACCAUUACAGUCUUCAUCAUCAUUAUAUUCUACUAAUUCAGCAACAGGACCAACCAAUCCUGGUUAUAUUCCAAAUGUUGCCUCUGCAUUUCAAGCACAAGUGGUUGCUGGUGCAUCGGGUGGCAACACAUUUGGAAUUCCAACUGCUUUUGGUUCCCAAAAUGCACCACCACCACCAAACAUGCAAAAUUACACAUCUCAGUAUCGACAAAUCUCAUACAUGAAAGGUAAUUUAGCUGCUGGAAAUGGUACUAAUGACCUACAAAAAUCUGGUAUCUCUAACCAACAAGAUUUAGGAAAUCCUAUGUUUUCCUCAAAUAUAUUCAGACAACAACAAUUUUUUGAAACUAAUAAACCAUUGAUGAAUUCAAAUCAACAAACUCAUCAGGCUAUGCAAGGAAAAUACAGUAGCUAUCAAGUGUCUGCAUCUCAAAAUAAUCAAUUGCCACUGAUGCAACAACCUAGAAUGAAUAUGAAUAAUAGUAAUAGUGGAUCAAUGGCUGGAAAUAUUGCACCUCAAUAUCCAUCUCCUAUCCAAAGGCCAGUAUCGACGUUCCAACAUAUACAACGAAUGCCUCCUCCACAAAACAUGCGUAUGCAACCUAAUUGUGCACCUAUGCAACACUUAAUGAACAAAAGUCAAACCUCCAAUAACUAUUUUGUAUCAAAUACAGGUUUGAUUGUUGAAUCACAAUUGCCUUUACCCAACAAAAUUGAUAAUGCUAAUGUGAACGUUGAUUCGAAAGCUGAAGAAAAAAUAGAUAGCAAUUCUAAACCACAAAGCACAGAAUGUAAAGAUGACAAACCCUUGGCGGCUAAUGAAUAGUUUUAAACUUUAUACUCGAAUGGAUAUACGUGUAGACUAUACAUUGUAUGUUUUGUGAACUCAUGAGUACUAUGCAAAUUGCUAAAUUAGUCGUGUUCUUUAGAUAACAAUUUAUUUAUAUUAUAUAUAUUAAAAAAAAAAAUUGUCAUAAUCUAUCCCAAACAAUGAUUUGAGAGUUCUUGUACGCUAUUUAUUUGUAUUAAGCAAGUUUUUUCUGUGUCAAUUUUUUUAUUAUUAUCAUUUAAAUGAAUAUUAUAUAAUAAUUAACAACUAAAUAAAAAAAGUUGUGCUAUUAAUUUGUAGGUAUUUCAAUUGUGGGUUGAUCAUUUUUUUCUUAAAAUAGUACAAAUAUACAUGUAUGUAAUUGGAAUGUCAUAGAAUCAAUAUAAAAAAAAUUUCCUCUGUUGGUAUGAUAUAUAACUGUCUGACAGACAGAUAAGAACAAAAUUGAUUAAUUUUAUUUGUAAUUGUAAUUGAAAAUAGUGAUUGUGCAAAAAUAAUGCCGAUAUAAAUGUAUGCUUGUUAUUAUUAGAAUGUUAACAAUUUAAUAUUAAAUUUUUUAUUUAUUCAUUUUAUUCAACUUAAA